AGAUCUUGUGAAGCCCUUGGGAGAAUACUGGUCAUUAUGGAGGGACUCUUCACUCUGCUCGCCUUGGGCAUUGUGAUGGCAAUAACGUCCUUUGUUGUUGGAUCAUUACCGCUUGCCUUUACCCUCUCUCCGUCCCAGUUGCGAUUAAUCUCCUCCAUUGGCAUGGGAGUGUUGGUGGGGACGUCUUUGAUUGUCAUCAUUCCGGAGGGCAUUGAAACUCUCUACAGCGCAAAAUCCGCCGGUCGGAAAGAUCUCAGCACUCGGGCCAGCGUCGAAUGGCAGCACCAGGGGCCGCCGGUGGCGAACCUCCCCAUCUUGAAUCGAGAAGAACAUCCUGCCCCAGUGCCCAGUCCGUCAAUUCCUGGGUUGCCUCUGGAGAGCGACAAGGAGGCAUCUGUGUUUCCAACGGUUGGGCAGGAUCUGUCGAGUCAGGCGCCGGAGCUUCAUGUCCGCAAGGACGACUCGAGUGAGAAACCGAGUGAGAAUGAAGAGAAGGAGAGCUCACCUCAUGCUUGGAUCGGCAUCGCUCUCAUCAGUGGGUUCAUCUUGAUGUAUCUUGUCGACAAACUGCCUGAAUUUGCAUCCCCCAACAAGAAUGACCGAACGCCAUACCAUAUCUCUCUUGACAACCUUGGAUCUGGACUGCGACGAAGCUCUUCGCCGUCACGCGAGGGAGGGUUGUUGGAAGCCGGUCACCCCAGCUCCGGGCGCAGUCACAGCUUUGCAACCACCACUGGGCUGGUGAUCCACGCUGCGGCGGAUGGUAUUGCAUUGGGGGCCUCUAGCUCAAAUACGGGCUUGAGCAUUAUCAUUUUCUUCGCCAUUAUGGUGCACAAGGGCCCGGCUUCCUUUGGGCUUACGUCCGUCCUGCUCAAGCAGGGUCUAUCGAGCCGUGCUGCGAGAGCGCAUUUACUGGUUUUCAGUCUCGCGGCCCCCGUUGGCGCUUUGGUCACGUUUCUCUUUGUGCAGAUGGUCGGGUCUUCCAGCAGUGAUGAGGCAGCUCAGUGGCGGACGGGGAUGCUUUUGCUCUUCUCGGGUGGCACCUUUUUGUACGUUGCGAUGCACACCAUGCAAGAAAAUGGCCCCGGGUCGACUCCUCCGCGGGAAUUGCCUGUGAAUGGGUUUGGCGAUUCCCGAGACCCGCAGAACGGAUCGGACAAGUCGAUGAGAGACUUGAUCGCCUCGGUCCUGGGCAUGCUCUUGCCGCUAUUCUUGCAGAUCGGACAUGCCCAUUAA